GCCGUGAACAAUGGCGAGGGAGAAAGAGGUGCGUCGUGUGGAAAGUGAAGGAGAUCCGCGGGAAAUGUCGGCCGAGUCCAGCCAGGGGGAAGCAGAUGAAGCGCCGGAAGAGGUGACUUUCAGCAGCGCCCGGGAGGAGGCUGAGAGGAGCAUAAAAGCGGUGCUGGAGACUGUCAGGAGAGACAAAGCAUUGCUGAAGGAGAAAAGAAGAAGAAAGGAGCAGUUAUUCAAAGAGCAGAAGAAACGCAGGUUGCUUCCAGAUAAUAUUCUUGAAGCGAUCACUUCAGUUCCAGAUAAGAAUAACCAGGCACCUGACUCGAGUAAAGAAGGUGAAGAUUGUCAUUCAGUGCAGCACGCUGAGGAAGAUAGUGGAUUGGAGGAAGAUGUUGAGGAAUGCGUAGAUACCAGACGGAAGAAGAGUUAUAUGGCCAUUCGUUUAAAGGACCAAGGGCAAACAAGCCAGCAGAUCGAAAAUGCCAAAGCUUUCAUUAAUUAUCGACUAUAUGGACCAGGCAGCAGGAGAAGCAGUGUCAAUGAAUACUUCUCACUUGAAAACAAGAAAGCUGAAAAGAAAAAAGCUGCAAUGUUGUUUGUCAAUAAAUCCUAGGAAGCGUAAUGAAAGCAAGUUUUGCAAGUUUACGGAUUCAGAUUCACUUCGUCUGGGAACGAGGGAAUGGAGCUAUUGAGAAAAUAGGAGGUCUUUUGGACUGGAAACACUCUGGACAUCAAUUAAUUUAGCAGAUUAAUGCUAACCUUGAAACUAUUUGUUUGCAAUUUCUCCUGUAGUAUGAUAGUUAAGUUUGUUAAUUUGAUGCUGUGUUGUCAUUAUACUGUACAGCAGGUGUCAAAACAGUCAAGUGUAAUGAAACAUUUCUAAUAUUGUAUAUAAUGUUUUCUCCAUUAAAUAUUUAAUGUUAAAAAUAA